ACUUACAGCAGAUAUCAUAUUAAUGGUGAAAGAAUGGGAAGUUAUCUUCUGAAAUUGGGAAUGAGAUAGGGAUGCUUGUUAUUACCACAUUUAUUCUGUGUUAUUUGUAGGUUCUUUCCAGUGCAGUAAGAUAAGAAAAAGAAAUAAAGGAUAUGAGCUGGAAGAGAAGAAAAAAAUUUAAUAUAUGCAGGCAAAACUGUUGUGUAUGUGGAAACAUCCAAAAGAAUCUGUUUUUAAUUUUGAUUGCUGUUGCUACUGAUAUCUGAGCCAAAGUGGUGAUGCUACCUGAGAGACAUUUCUGCAACCCCUAAGUCAACAGACGAUCGUGAGCCAUGCCUUUGGUGAAGAGGAACAUCGAGCCCCGGCACCUGAGCCGGGGAGCCCUGCCCGAGGGCAUCACCAGCGAGCUGGAAUGUGUGACCAACAGCACCCUAGCUGCCAUCAUCCGCCAGCUGAGCAGCCUGAGCAAACAUGCUGAAGACAUAUUUGGUGAGUUGUUUAAUGAGGCCAACAACUUCUACAUCCGAGCAAAUUCUCUUCAAGACAGAAUCGAUCGCCUUGCUGUCAAAGUCACCCAGCUGGAUUCAACAGUGGAAGAGGUGUCACUGCAGGAUAUCAACAUGAAAAAAGCUUUCAAAAGUUCCACAGUCCAAGACCAGCAGGUGGUUUCAAAGAACAGUAUUCCUAAUCCUGUUGCUGAUAUUUACAACCAGAGUGAUAAACCACCACCUCUGAACAUCCUUACACCGUACAGAGAUGAUAAAAAGGAUGGGCUGAAGUUCUAUACUGAUCCUUCCUAUUUCUUUGACCUCUGGAAAGAAAAAAUGCUACAGGACACAGAAGACAAAAGGAAAGAGAAAAGACGUCAAAAGAGAGAGAGACACAAGCUGAAUCCUAACAGAAACCAGCAAAUAAGUGUGAGGAAAGUAAGAACGAGAAGAGAAGAGUGGGAGAGGAGGAAGAUGGGCGUUGAGUUUGUGAGUGACGCCAGGAGACUGCAGCAGGCAGGGAGCGCGGGAGAGGACGGGACGUCCAGAGGGUCCCACGCCUCGGACGUCACCGAUUACUCGUAUCCGGCCACCCCCAACCACUCUCUGCACCCGCAGCCCGGGACCCCUUCCUACGGAGCCGGCGACGCAGCGCCGCGCGGGCCGGCGGCCCAGGCCCCCGAGCACGAGCACCGGCCCCCGUCGGCCUCGGCCAGGCACCUGGCCCUGAACCGGCCUCAGCAGCCGCCGCCGCCCCCGCCGCAGGCCGCAGAGGGCUCGCAGGCGCCCGCGCCCUCGGCUCCGGCCGACUACGGGACGCUCCCGGCACAGAUCAUGGAGUAUUACAACCCGUCAGGACCCCCGCCGCCGCCGCCCCCGCCCACCAUCCCUUCUGCACAAACGGCUUUCGUCAGUCCCCUCCAGAUGCCCGUGCUGCCCCCUUUCCCGGCCUCCACGGCCUCCUCCUACACGGGCCCUUCCCACCCUCCCUCCGGCGGGCUGGUGGUCACAGCCCCGCCGCCCCCGGGACCCCCGCCGCCCCCGCCGGGCCCUCCCGGUGCGGGCUCUUCCCUUUCCCCCUCCCCGAUGCACGGCCCCCCGGGAGCUGAGGCAAAGAGGCCGGAGGCGGCACAGCCACCCGUGAGCGAUGCCCGGAGCGACCUCCUCGCAGCCAUCCGGAUGGGGAUCCAGCUGAAGAAGGUGCAGGAGCAGCGAGAGCAGGAGGCCAAGCGCGAGCCGGUGGGCAACGACGUGGCCACCAUCCUGUCGCGGCGCAUCGCGGUGGAGUACAGCGACUCGGACGACGACUCCGAGUUCGACGAGAACGACUGGUCCGACUGAGGCCGGCCGGCACCCAGGCACCGGGCUGGGGGUGCGCGGACGCGCCCUGUGGCCCCAGCGCCCACAUAGUGGUGUUAUAACCCCAUAGCUUAGCGACUUUUGUAUCAAUAAUGUGAGAUUGCUUUUGCACAUCCAAAAAUUCUGGGUUUUUUCAGUAUUUACUGUGUAAUACUUAAGUGCCACUAAACAUAGCAAACCGUGUUGCACAUGAGGAAAUACGCUGUAACUACCGCAUUGUCCUGAAAGCAGCCUUCUGCUUCCUUUCUCUUGGCCAUGGAAGUAUUCAGUGCAGUUUGGGUUCACUCUCCCUGAUCGUGAAAAUCCCGCAGACUUGCUGUGUGUUCGUGAAGCUGCCUGAUGUCAGGUCUUUGCAAGAUUAAUGACUGUGCAUCAGGCUAAUGUCUUCCAAUCAGUAAGUGAUAUUGUUUCCGCUUUUUUUUUUUUAAAUGUGUUUCAGAAGAAAAAGUUGGUUCUAGAGAGAAAGAUUUGACAGGUAGGAGAAUUGGACAUUUCUGUUUUCAGUUUCCUGGCUCGGUAGCCUCUGUGAAUUGGAAUGUUGUGUUGAAGAAUUUCAUUUCCUUUGCUCACUCUUGUGAAAUGUGAGCUUGGCCCUUUUCAGGCAGGAUUCCCUGUGGGUGUUCAUGGAGUCAGUGCUCACUGAUGAGUUUUGUAGGAGGUUUCAGCAGUGCAGCAGUGAUGAAAGCGGAGAACAGCCCUUUCUCCUUCGGGGCCGUCGAGGAUGGCACUCAGAGUCCUCGGCAGCCCUCGCAGCCCAGGUACCAGCCCACAUGGAGCCGAGCAGGCCCAGAGCUGCAGAGCCCCGCGUGGCCCCGGGUGCAGAGCCCCGCACAACCUCUCUCCCGGAGCCCCAUCCUCCCAGGCGAGGCCGCGUGGAGGCCUUGGUGCUGCAGAGAAAGCUCCCGGCGGCACCUCGCCCCUCCUGGCUGAAUUCUGACAGCUGCAGUUGAGGUGAAAGGAGACUUGGACAGCUUUCGCCUUCCCUGGUGCUGUGGCAGGUUAGGGAUCCCACACGAGCAGGGCCUCUGCUCUGUCCUAGAAGCACACGGGUCCCUUUCCUCCACGGUCAUUGGCACACGAUGCUCAACUAGGUACCUCAGAGGAGAGUCGCCCUUUCACUGGAACAGGUCACGUCCCUUCCUCGUCCCCUCCUACUGGGUGACACCUGAGCCUGGGCGGGUUUUCCUGCUCAAGGCAAACCCCUGGGAAACUCAUGAACAAGAGCUGACAUUCUGUAAUGCUGGGUGAAGGGUAACUGCUUAUUUGGAAGGAAUAAACACUGCAGGCUUUGAUCUCAGAUACAACUUCACAGACGCACGAAGAUACUUUGCUCACUGAGCUGUUCUCACUUCUGUACCGAGCAUCAGACUGGUCCCAGUGACCCUCAGUUGUGACCCGGGAAUCUGUAGCUGAAGCAGGUGUUCGGGUGGGUGGUAGAAUGUCAGCAGGACCCCGACUGAUGGUUUUUGUUAAUGAGUUCUCCCCAGGACGUCGCCGGCCCUGUCACGUCUGUGUCCCCGAGGGGACAGUUAUGGCCCGUGGAAGGCCAUGGUUAUCCUGUAAGGGCUGCCUGGGGGGCUUUAAGUCACCUAGGUUGGAACUCUGAAAGGCCUCAGGUCUGUAUUACCUUUCCAAGUGCCCAGGCCAGGUUAUCUGAGUCUUUUCAGCUAAAAUCAGGUGUUUGGGCACAUGGUUCUUGAGUUUCUGUUUCUUGGAGCUUGUCACCAUACUGUUAUUGCCUAUACGUAGGAGUUAUUAAUGAACUUCUCAGUUUCUCUCUUCAAUUUUUCUCUCUUUUUUUUUUUUUCCAAUGUGGAGGUGAACUGUGUUGGCAUUUUUCUUGGGACUUUUACCAAUUGGGGUCAUAUUUUGUCUUUCUUAUAAUAUUUUGUCUUUAGUGUUACUUUUGGGUGAGGGAUCACCUGUGUCAUUCUAGAACUUAUAUUUGGUAAUGCUUUGUUUUUUUAUGUCCCUUCUGUCCUCAGGAUGGAGAGAACGCAUAAAGCUACUACCCAUGUCAGGAUUUCUUCUAUUUAUAUCUUAUUACAGUAAAAUUAGUGGCACUUUAUUCAUAAAUAUUCAUGAGCCUGUUAGGUAUUGGUUGUCUUCCUGUAGUUUAAUCAACAAGUUAUUUUCAACUUGAUGUUCUGACUAGUGAAAAAGCUUUUGCCCUGAUGUGUUAUGUAGCCCUUAAAGGAAUGGAAAAGGACUAAAAUCCAGUUUAGAUUAUUUUUUGCAGUAUUUUUCUCAGCACAUUUGAUUUAUUCUAAAAAUGAAAUCCAGACUUUUUCUAAUAUGAUAGUACAUGAAGAGGAGAAAGUGACUAUUUUGAAUUGUCAGUUUUCGUUUUCAAAGAGUAUUUACAAAACAAAUGGAGAAAAACAUUGAAAUGCAUACUUCAUAUAUAUGAAUUUUACAUUUUAAAGUAGUUAUAUGUUGCAAGGUUAUCUUAAAUCGUCCCGUUUACCCAGGUGUGUAUUUGGUUUAAUUUCUUACAAGCUUUUUUCUCAUGUCAUAGAUGAGGCAGGGGGUGAGAGGACUCCUCAGAAUCACCCCUCACUGUUCGCACACAAUGUGGUCGAGUUUCCGUUGUUGGCCCCAAACCAUACGAUUUGGUCACUUAUGUUUUUCUUCAGUGAAAGUAUAGUGUUGGAGAAUCCGCAUUUUCAUUUCAGUAAAUUUUUAGAAUAUUGAAAUCUUUUCUGAGCACCAAGUGGCUAGGUUGUGAACGUUUUGUAUUGAUAAUUUGCAGCUGAAAUUCAUGAUACAUUUUCAUCCACUGAAGACUCAUGGGAAUGUAUCAGCCAGAGUAGCAAGUCAUUUAUGUUUUCUAAACCAGAGUCUGUCAUCUUGCAGUAUUACCAAUGCUGUUGUAAAUUGAAUUUAAAGUGGUAUUAAAAAAAAAAAACCUCCUGGUAAAUAAUUUUUAUCUGUUUGUAUAUCUUACUAUAGAUUAUGUACAAGUAACAUCUAAAUAAAAAUUACACU